CAACUUCCGGUCAGGGCAGAGCAACUUCCGGGACGGAGACUGCUGGGCAUGGGGCGAUAUCCUGUCGGGGCGACCCCACUUCCGGUCGCGGCCCUUGCCUCCUUGGGGUCAGCGACUUCCGGCCCUCCCCGCCGCCCCUGCAUUGCCGGGGCCAGACACGCUUCGGGGCAACUUCCUCUCGGGGCGGAGUUACUUCCGGCGCGGGGUUCCCACUCUUCCGGUGGCGCUCGCCCUGCGCAUGGGCAGAGGGAGGCGGGAGAGUUCCAUAUCGGGCGGGCUGAAGGGGUGGGGGGGGCCCCUACGGCUGGGAGAGACCAUGAGGGAUCGAACGCAGGAACUCAGAGAGGAUGAUGGGAGCUCAGACGAUGAGGGGGCCGAGCGGAUGGUCCUGGUCGUGAAGCCAGGAUCGGCCAAGUUCCAGGAGGAAGGGGAGCCACUGGACGAGUUUUUCCAGACGGCCCAGGGGAUCCGCGAGGCGCUGAAGACCCUGGAGGGGAAGGUGAAGGAUCUGGAAAAGCAUCAGACCACGAUUCUGGCCACCCCGCUGCCGGAGGACAACAUGAAGCGAGAUCUGCAGAGACUGCGUGAGGAGAUCAAGGACCUGGCCAAAGACAUUCGGCGCCGCUUGAAAACCAUUGAGCCCAAGAAGGGCGAGGAGGACGAGAACAGAAAUGCCAUCAACAACCGGAUGAAGAGAACCCAGCACGGCAUCCUGUCCCAGCAGUUCCUGGAGCUGAUCAACAAGUGCAACACCAUCCAGUCGCAGUACCGGGACCGCAACGUGGAGCGAAUCCACCGCCAGCUGCAGAUCACUGGCGGCGGUGUGGUGUCGGACGAAGAGUUGGAGCAGAUGCUGGAGAGUGGCCAGACGGAGGUGUUUGUCUCUAACAUCAUGAAGGACACGCGUGUGACGAAGCAGGCGCUGAACGAGAUAGAGACCCGGCAUGACGAGAUCCUCAAGCUGGAGCGCAGCAUCCAGGAGCUGCAUGACAUGUUCACCUACCUCGCCAUCGAGGUGGAGCUGCAGGGGGAGAUGAUCAACCGGAUUGAGAAGAACAUCCUGGACUCGGAGAACUACGUCCAUAAGGGACACCAACAUCUCACCUCGGCCAGGGAGAACCAGCAGAAAGCCCGCAAGAAGAAGUUCAUGAUCAUCAUCUGCCUCUCGGUCACCGUGGUCAUCGUUGUGGUUAUCAUUGGAGUGGCCAUCGCCACCGGCUAGACCUGCGUCCGGUUUCCGCCCCCUCUCCCCUUGCUGUGGGGUUGGGGCUUGCUGGAUUCGUGAGCGCGGCCCCGUCUUCCAGCGGAACCACUGCCCCCUGCUGGGAGGUUUAUGCACUGAUGGCCGGAGCGAAUGCCGGGUUCAAAUCCUGAUCUUUAAGCACAAGCCAGCCCCUUCCUGUCCAGAACGGUUUCUAUGGACUCCUCGUGUCUCUUGCCUUCGGAGUAGGGGUGAGAUCCACCCUGAAGAGCCUCUGGUUUUCCGAGGUCUGUGAAUUUGUGGCAUUUUGGUCUGACGGUUCGUCCUCCUUGUCCCUCCCCUUUGAGCCUCUUCCUGUUUUGGGCAAUGCCACUUUGCGUGGCAAAGCCCCUCACACUAGCAUUAACUUCAUGCACUAAGCAAGUCAACUUCCUCUAAGCCCACCUCUACCCGGCCAAGCCCACUUCUUGUCUCUUCGCCCCUCCUGCCAGGAUCUACUUCCUGUUUUGGGAAAAUCGGCUUCCUGUGGGCCCUGCCUCUUCCUCUCAGUCUCUACUUCCUGUUAUGGUAACGCCAACUUCCUUUUCGUGCUCCGGCCCCUCCGCUCUGGUGUCAGCGUCCUGUCUCGGGCAGGCCUGCUCUCUGUGGUAUGGUCCAUGCCCCGCCCCCCUCUCCUGUCUCAAAUGGUGCCACUUCCUGUGUACCUGCUGCUCUCCCCAACUCCCCUCCUUAGGGUGGGGGACUCCAUGCCCCAGUGAGGGUAUUGGGGCAUCCUAGGCCCAUGGGCUGCUGUUUGCCGGGGGGGGGGGUGGGGUGUGCCCUCCGACCUCCCCUGCUCACAAUGCCCCAUCACUGCCUUAACGGGAGGUUCCCUCUAGAGGGCAGGGUGGGGCCGGUCUCUGUUCACACUGCCAGUGAGGUAAGUGCCAAUGCAGCAUGGUGGCUUUUCUGGGGUGGGCAUCCUGUCCCCCCCCAGCGAGCCAGGACUCCUGGGUUCUAUCCCCAGCUCUGAGGGGAGGCCACCCUCCCCAUGUCUCUUGUGCCUUAACCCACUGGGGCUCAGUAUUUAAUCAUGAUCCCAUUCAAACCAGUUCCCGCCGCAGUUGACCCUCUCCAUCCCCCAGCUGACUGGCAGGAGGGGCGCCAUUCCACAUGGCCCACUGCCUGGCACCUUUGCCCUGCACCCCCCUGCCCAUGCGCUCCCCCCACUCCCAUCAGCACCUGCUCUACUGCUCUCCUUGGCUCCUCUCCUCCAUCACACUCUCCAUCAGCCCCCAGCCUUAGCACGGCCUUUGACACUGCCUGCGGAAUACCAAGUGGGGGACCUCACCCCCAGGCCUGGGCUGCCCCCUCUCUUCCCUGGUCCAUCCCACCUCUUCAUACACCACCCCCUGAUCCCUGUGGAUGGGGCGGGGGUGUCAACUGACCCAACCCCCCACGGCAAGCCGGAGAAGGGUCUCUGACCUCCUUGCCCCUCCACUUGCCCCCCUGCCAAGCUGGGUCUGACUGACUGGGGCAUGAGCCAGAUUUUAGCUCUCCCCAUUAACCAGGCAGAGGAUCAGGGUUCUUGCCCUAGGUCUUUGUUUUAAUUCUUAACCUCUCAGCUGCAAUAUGGAGUGACCUUUCCCUGUUGCCUCGAUCACUGAAUGUAAUGUGGCCUGACUUGUAUUUUGUAAUAAAAAUGAUAAAUCAUGUUAAAAACGU